ACCGCGUCGCGGUUACUAAGGGGGUAGAGAAGGUAGUGGCAAGCGCCACCGUGGAGCGACUCCGAGUUCUCCGGGAGGGUCACAGGCGCGCAUCCCGCCUGACCGGGACGUCGUCCCCUCCGACGCCUCGGAGGUGGAAACGACGCCGGAGGCAGGUGAAGAAACCUACGAAGAAACAAACAAAAAAGGAAGUCAAGGGACUUUUCCCAAAAUCAAAGAACAAGGAGAUGGCCUCCUCAGGAAUCUACCACAUGGACGAUGGAAAGCCUUACCUGAGCAACUGCUUUCCAGCCAAAAAUCUGCUUCGGAUGCCAGAGGAAGGCCGAGGACACUGGUUAGUGGCUCGGAAAAGUAACCUCAAGAAGAAGCCCAAGGGUAUGGUUGAAGUACCAGCAAAGGGUCAGGAAAGCCAGAAGAAGAUUUCUUAUGAGGUCAGAGUGAAGAAAGGGUCUCGAUUGGAAAACCAAGUGGCCACUCCUGGACACGUGCUGGACCGGGCUUUUCUGCUGAAGCACCACUGCGUAAAGAAGCCGUCGGACCUGUGCAGCAUUAACGUGAGCGGGCUGAAGCUCUCCAAGGCUAAGGAAAAAGAUUUCAAGCAUUUUCAUUGCGUGAUUUACAUCAAUGCUUCGGAAAACCUGCUGCCUCUAGAGGCAUUUCACACGUUUCCAGCCUUAAAGGAACUGGAGCUCGCAUUUAACGGCAUCAAAACAGUCUACGUGAAAUUUGGAGAUUUUAAGUUCUUGGAAUUCCUGGACCUCUCCUUCAACAGCCUGACUGCGGAGGCCAUCUGUGAGCUGGGGAGUCUGCUACACCUCCGCGUCCUGCUCCUCACAGGCAACGGGCUCACCUCCUUGCCACCGAACCUGGCUGUUGCAGAGCAGAAGGCAUCUGUAACAUCGCUGACAAGCAAGAGGUACAUCCUGAGGUUCCCGGCGCUGGAGACACUGAUGCUCGAUGACAACAAACUCUCCAGCCCCACUUGCUUUGCCAGUCUGGCCGGGCUCAGGAGACUGAAGAAGUUAAGCCUGGACCAAAACAGGAUUUUCCGGAUCCCGUACCUACAGCAGGUUCAGCUCCGCGACGGGUCGGGGAAUUGGGUUGGAGACACGGGGAGUCCUCAGAAAGGGCCCCAAUCCAUGCUGCAGCCCGCGUCAUGGAUGUGUGAGGCCUCAGAGGAGCAACCAGAUUAUACUGUGCUGCCCAUGAAAAAGGAUGUUGACCGGACGGAAGUUGUGUUCUCAUCUUACCCUAGAUUUUCCACCUCAGAGACAACCAAGGUAUGUGCACUUCCGCCCACAUUCGAGAUUCUUCCUGUGAAGUCACUGAAGCCCAGGAACCAGACGCUGGCCCCGCCCUUCCCAGAGCUGAGGUACCUUAGCCUGGCCUACAACAAGAUUGCCAAGGAAGAUGCCAUCCUGCCGGUAGCUCUCUUCCCAUCUCUCUCUGAGCUCGUCUUUCAUAACAACCCCCUGGUGGCCCACACGCGAGGGGUCCCUCCACUGCUAAAAACCUUCCUCCAGGAGCGGCUGGGGAUCCACUUAGUUCGGAGGAAGAUAGUGAAGGCUAAGCAUCAUAUUUUGAUGUCUCGGAAGGACUCGCGGAAGGUGCAAACCCAAGUCCCAAAGGUGCCAAAGCAGCCUCUGAUUCUCCAUCACCUCCCUGUGACCACAAUCGAGUCUCCCUCAAAGGAGAUGCCCGAGUCAGAGCUGGCUGAAGAGCUGCCCGCUGCCAGAAGCACUUCUCUGGCGGCCGAGAUGCCCACCGACAGUCUGGACAGCCUUCCCCAGUCCCACCAGACCUUCAUGCCGCUUCCUCCCACCUGCUCCGACUCCACGGUGCAUAGUGAAGAGACCACAUCCCACCGGAGCGACACCGCCGGCCACCUCAGCUCGGAGCACCCAUCAGAUCAGGAAGCCAAGAGCACAGAGUCCGUCUUCUUGACCCAGGUGAGUGAGCUGCCUUGCUCCGUUCUCCAGAGGGAUGAUUCAAAGGUGGAGAAAGACCAAAGACCACCCCGAUCCCCAGCGCCCAGAAAGGGAAAGAGGACACAGAGGAAGCUUCCAUCUGCUUCCCUCCCCAGCAAGUACCAUGGCUACGAGGAGCUGCUGACAGCCAAGCCUGAUCCAGCCUUCACUGAGCCAAAGGGAAUCCGGAAGAACACCCAGGCCCUGCAGCACAUGCUGAAGCGCCCGCUCCUGCACUACUCGUCCAAGCCCAAGUGGGACACUCUUCAGAAACACCAUGUUCCCAAGGAGAAACGGGCGCAGAGGAUCCCUGUUCAGCCCCCAUGGAAGACUCGCGCCCAGCUGCUGGAUGACGUCCUCAUUCGCAUGCGGGACGCCCAGAACAUUACAGAGGCUCCACUAGGAGCUGUCCUGCGCCAGCGGACAGAGCGGCGGCUGGUGAACCAGAAGCAGUACCUGGAGGCCAAGCGGCUGCUGAAGGAGUUUCAGGCGCGCUACCGGCAGCUGGUGCACUGCUCGCUGCGGACGGUAUUCGGGGCCACAGCGCCGCCCCCUGCCCGCCCGGCCCUGAGCGAGGGCCGGCCUAAGUUCUGCCGCUUCCUCCAGUUCAUGGAUGAGUUCUGCCAGGAGCCCACGGCUAGUGAUUCAAAAGGCUAGAGCUGCGUACAGGGCCCUGUGCGCCGCCGGGCCUGCGCCCCAUGCCCUCCCCCGGGGUUCCGCACCCUCAACCGACCGCGUAUCUUUGACGGCGCGGCUGGGCUGGGCCUGGGCCUCGGAGCUCAGCUCAAACUUGCAGGCUGGCCGCAGAGUAGGGAGCUUGUCAGGACCUCCCCUCCCCAGGCCCUGCAGGACCCAGCACCUGGCCCAGCAGCAAUAAAGAGGGGGUGCAGAGA